AACCGAUCCGUCAAAGUGGCAGCGCCUACUUGCUUGUGUGAGUGAUCUAUUUUAGUUUCGUGCCCCGUGUUUGAAUUAAUAUUCCCUCAAAAUUCAACCCAACAACACAAUUAUUUAUUAUUAAGAAUUCAUAAAUAAAAUAUGUGCGAAAAAUCCGAUGAAAACCGUUGUAACUUGACCAACAUCCUCAUGCAAUUGCGGCGGCACCUAUCGGUAAACCAUAACGUUGCGGCCUUGUCACAACGUUUCGGCGCUCUAAAUUCGAAUUUGGAACGUGUUAAUUUUGUCGAAGAAUUGAUAAAAUCAGCGGAAAUCACUAUCGAGUUGCAAAAAGACGUGAAAAAUGAUGAAAUUGCGACGAAAUAUCGCGAGAAAGGUAACGAAAUGUAUAAAAAAAGAAAACUGAAAGAAGCGUGGGAAUUUUACACGAAAAGUGUGUGUUUUGCGGAGGAAAAUAGCCCGAAUUUGGGCUUAGCGUACGCGAACCGAUCAGCAGUUUUGUUUGAAUUGAAUUUGCACAAGCAAUGUUUAAAGGAUAUUAAACGCGCCUUGAAUCACAAUUAUCCCGAACAUCUCAAAUCGAAACUAUUUGUAAGGGAAAAAAAUUCGAAGAAUACCGCAAUUGAGGAGACUUGUCCACAUGAAGCGAUUCCAAUUGUCACAAACAACAAUCCGAAUAUUCAAAGCGCUAGCGCUUGUAUUGCCGUACGAGAAGAGGAAAAUUGGGGACGUUUUGUGGUGGCUACUAGAGACAUUAAAGUCGGGGAAGUACUCGCUGUAGAAAAACCAUUGGUUACCCUUGUUGUCAACGAAUUGUCAAAUCAUUGCCACGAAUGCGUUUCCUUGUGUUACAAUUUAAUUCCUUGCAAAACUUGCACCCAGGCUAUGUAUUGUAGCGAAAGUUGUCGCGAUUAUGCUUUUGAUAUGUAUCACAAGUACGAAUGUUCAAUACUUGCAACGCUGCGAUUUUUACAAUUCGAUAAACUCAAAUUAUUCGCUUUAAAAAUCUCACUUCAGUACAACGACUUGGGGGAAACCUCUGAUUUGUUGUACCGUUCGGAUCGCUACAGAGAGAUUCACAAUUUAGUGACAAACACGACAAAACGGUCCGUUCCAGAUUUAUUCGAAAGGGCCACAGCUGCGGCUUUGAUUUAUGACUUGGUCAAGACUCAUACGAAUUUUUUUAGCGCCUUCAAUCAAAAUAAUUUUAAAGAAAUUUUACUGUUGCAUAUGCAAACCGGUCCUUCUAAUUUUCACGAAAUCGUCGAACUCGUACCUAAUUCGAGAGGUAUUUACGAACCUGAAGAAAUCGCAAGCGGUGCAUUUGCAUUUUUGAGUCUUUUGAAUCACUCUUGUUGCCCCAAUGUGGCCCGAUUCUCCUACGGUUCUACUCUAGUGCUCAGAGCGAUCCAAAAUAUUCAAGAAGGGGAGCAAUGUUUUGAUAAUUACGGGUAUCACUUCGCUUUGAUGGAUAAAAGCGAGCGCAAAAAACACCUUCAAAGUCAGUAUUACUUCAACUGCGUUUGUCAGGCUUGUGAGAAAAAUUGGCCGUUGUUUGACUCUUUGCCCUCUUUUAACAGUCAUGAAAUUGAAGACUCUGUCUUUUUAAAAUUAUCAUCGGGUGAUGUUGAGACUGCUGUGACUGUUGCGGGGGAUUUAUGCACCAAAUUGGGGGAAUUACAGAAGUUGCAACCGUGCAAAGACUUUUGCCAACUGCAGGAAAUCGUAAAACAAUGUUUUGUUGUGAUGGGCAAUAAGAGAAAAAUAUUUUGAAGUGCUAAUAAAUGAUUUGGUGUUUUA